CCUCUCCCCGCCCUCUCUCGCUCGCCCUCUGUGUGUGGCAGCCAUUUUGGCUCGGGCUGGACUGCGCCGUCGCUGCGGGCUGCCGGUGGGCGGGAUGUGCGACGAGGACAUCCCGCCCGUCGUGCAGGCCCGGUUCCUUCCCGAUAGGGGGAGUGCAGCUGCAACCGACGUGCGGCUGGGGCCCAGCUUCGGCGUGAGCUGCCACCAGCCGCGCGGCAGCCUCCAGCAGCCUUUGCCGCCCGAGGGCUCGCAGGUGCGCGCGGCGUGUGACCUCCUUCCUGCCUGGACGCCUGAGCUGGCCAACGCCAGGGCCGAGGGCAGCCGCGUAGUGGCUGAGAGGCCCAUCUCCCGCGAGCAGCUGCUGUCCUCGGGGUCCCUCGUGCUGGUGGAUGGUGCGGCCGAGGCAUACUGGGCGACCGAGAUCGCGGGCUCUGCCAGAAUACGCACGGCCCUGCCCGAGCACGUGCCCCCUGGCGUGGAGUCCGAGCCGCUGCAGAAGGCCGCGCCGACGCGGCCCACCCUUCGGACCCACUACGCCGUGCCCGCAGAGGCACCCUCGGGCUUCCCAGUGGAGGACAGGACGUGCCUGCCCGUGCUCACAGCCGCCGCAACAGCCAUUGCGCCGCCAGUCUACGUCGGCACCGCCAGCGCCGCUCCGGAAGCAUGGCCAGCUGACAGGCACCAUUCCUCUGGGUUCCCCGCGCAGGGUUCGGCACCACUGCCUGAGAGAUGCAAUUCCUCUGAGUUCCCCUCGCAGCGUACCGUGGUUGCAUCGUACCCUGCUCUGCCGACGCCGCUCACACCCUCGUCGCCCCCAGCCGAACCCGUGCUAGGGUCGGUGACGGGGACCCCGGCGGCGACCGACAGCCCGGGGACCUUGGCCGUGUGGAACAAACACAUCGAGGCCGUCAGCAGGCUCUUCGCCGAGUCGGCCAUGGCCGCCCCGCCAGCGGGCCCUGCGCUGCCUGGCCUCUCGCCAGCGCCACUGGGCAGCGCGGUCGCGCCCUGCGGGGCGCAGCCGCUGGGCAGCGUGGCGGCGCCGCCGGGCUACGUGGCCGCGCCCUUCGGGACGCAGCCGCCGCUGGGCACGCCCUGCGGGGCGCAGCCGCUGGGCAGCUUGGCGGCGCCGCUGGGCUACGUGGCCGCGCCCUUCGGCAUACAGCCGCCGCCGGGCACGCCCUGCGGAGUGCAGCCGCUGGGCAGCGUGGCGGCGCCGCCGGGCUACCUGGCCGCGCCCUUCGGGAUGCAGCCGCCGCUGGGCACGCCCUGCGGGGCGCAGCCGCUGGGCGGCGCGGCGGCGCCGCCGGGCAGCGUGGCUGCGCCCUUCGGGAUGCAGCCGCCGCCGGGCACGCCCUGCGGGGCGCCGCCGCUGGGCAGCGUGGCCGGGCCCUGCGGGAUGCCGCCGCCGGGUGCGGCCGCGCCCUCCGUGGCGCUCCCCUGGGGCUUCGCGGCCUCGCCCGCCGCGGGGUGGCCGCCGGGGGGCCCGCCGCUGCCGGGCUUCGCCGCGGGAGUGCCGCCCCCGCCGGCCGUGCACCCCGCGGGCCCCGCCAGCAUCCACGUGCUGCCCGGCAUACCCAACGCGGUGCGGUCGCUCGCCACCCGCUAUCAGGGCGAGGCGCCGCAGGCGAGUUUCCACCUCUGA